UAAUCCAUGUCUUCAGAAGCGAUAUGAUAAGUGUGGGUGAGAAACAGAUCAAUAUUUAAGUCCUUUUUUCCUUUAAAUCUCCACUUUCAAUUUCACAUUCUUCUUUUGUUUUUGGCAAUUCACAUUAUUUGUGCAUAUCGCCACCUACUGGCCAGGAAGGAGAAUUUAUUGUACAAAAAGUACUGAAAUAUUGAUCUGUUUCUCACCCACAUGUUAGAGGUCUGCACGGGCCUUAAAAUGAAACCCGAACCAGACCCGUAUCGGAGACCAUGUGGCCUGACCCUACCUGGCCCGAACAAUACCGUCAGAUUUUAAGCCCGAACCCUACCUGAACCUGAAAUCGCUCACUAUCUUUAUCAUUUCUUCUCCUAGCAAGUACUGUUGCAAUAGGUUGUAUUUUAUGUAAGCAUAUAGGCAACAUUCGUAACAGUAUUGAAACAGUAAACAUACAGAUUUAACAAGGCACAGCAGCCCCUCAUUACACUAGCAUUGACUUACCUUUUAUGCGCUGAAACUUUGAUUGGUGCAGAACAAUCUGGAAUAAUAUGAAACUAUGCAACAUUCCCCUCUUUACAGCCUGAACUUGUUUAGAAAGUUGAAUCUUUGUGACACCUGUGCUAAAAAUAGUCUAGACGCAGUUAAAGAAUGAAACAGAGCACAGGUAUCUCUGUGUAUGUUUUUGAAAAUUUGAAGUUAUUUUUAACUUGACACGGUGUUUAAAAAUUGCCUGUUCUGUGCGAGAUGCUGAAGAAACCCAAAGUCCAACUUGAAAAACUGACCCGAACCCAGCCCGAAACCCAUCGGGUCGGGUUGCAGACCUCAACCACACGUAUCAUAUCGCUUCAGACGACAUGGAUUAAACCACUUGAGUCGUAUGGAUUACUUUUAUGCUGCCUUUAUGUAAUUUUUAGAGCUUCAAGUUCUGGCCACCAUUCACCUACACUGAAUGGACCAACAGAGCUGAGAUAUUCUUCAAAACAUCUUCGUUUGUGUUCAGCAGAAGAACGUUAGUCACACACAUCUGGGAAGAUAUGAGGAAACACAGCCCUGCACCUCUGAGACUCAAGCACCGAAAUACACCCAGACAUUUUCAGAAGAGCAGUGGAGAUCUGAACAUGACAGGGAGGAUACAGAGAUGCAUGUAAAACUUAAGGUCUUUACAAAGCAGGAGGAGAAUAGAGUGCAGAUGCCUGUGUGCAAUGAGUCCACAUCUUUAUCGCCAUGUAUGGACGUUGACCAUGAUCAGACAAUCAGCAAAGACGUUGCAACUCACAUGAUGGAAAACCGCGAGACUGGUUUUACCUUCAUCAAUCAGGCUUCUCGGAUUAAGAAUGAACCUGAGCCUAGUCCUGAAACUGGUAGCGCCUGUCAGGCACAGCACUUCACAAGAUACAGAUCAGAUGAUACAGAAGACAGUGAUGCAUCCAGCAACAGCAUCAAAAUAGAAGGUAGCCACAUUGGCUCCCCUGCUCAUAAGACACAACCGCAUGAACUGCCCAACAGAAAUCAAGAGAUGUUGACACAGCAUAGGAUGGAGCGGUCGCAAAUUAGAGAGAGGAUCUCUGCCAAGAUGUCUGCCAGGCUACGGGUAAUUAUAGAUGGUAAAAUCCACAAGCUUGUCUUGCCACGUGGAAUUCCUCAAACUGUACCUGAACUGAAAUUUGUGGUACAAGAAACAUUCAUGCUUGACAGGGAUUUCUGCCUACACUUUAUGGACUCUGAUUUUGAGGGUCAGUUUUUUACUUUGAUGGACACUGAUGAAAUCAAAGACAAAGACACAAUCAAAGUUGUUUUCAUAGAACCCCAGCCUGUAGUGACAAUGACUCUUCAGGAGUGCUUAAGUUCCAUUGGCCAGGAAACUGAUCAUUACUCCACUAUGACAAAUGAAUACAUCAGCUCAUCGGGAUCCCGAGACCCAGUCAUGUUAUUCUCACCUGAGAGUACUUCUAGUUCUUCCCUACGUUCUCAUCCUUGGCCCGCUCAAUUUGAGGUACCUUGCUUUGCAUUUGACACCGAGCUUAUUCUUAAAGCUGGCAAUGAGGCAUACAUGAAAGAUGGAAGUUUGCUCAGCAAUCCAAGUGUCAAAUCUGACAUUCUAGAAAAACUUGCUGAAAGCAUUUUUGAGUACACUGCAUAUCCUUCCAGUGCUCAAAGGGAGCAGGUUGUCGAAGCCUUGGUACAAAAGCACCCGUGCCUUAAAGAGCCUGGAUCCUUUAAUGGCUUAUAUGGAUGGAAUACCAGACUUAAGUACAAGAUGGGCAAUUACAGAGCAAAGAUCAGGUCCAUAGGUUGCCCCGAACUUGAUGCAAACAGCAUUAAGAGAAAAGCCAUAGAUGAGAGAACUCCAGCCAAGAACGUUAAAAAACCAAAGAAGGCAGAGGUAAAUUACCUACCACCACAUCCCCAUGGUGAAACUGAUGAGACCCUGGAAAAGGAGCGUGUGGAGCUUCUGAAUGAGGUUAAGAAGAGGGACAACAACCAAACUGUAUGUCUGAAAAUGCAAAAGACCUUCUCUUACCGCAGAAAAGAGAUUAUUUUAAAAAGCCUUCCUGUGGUUCAUCUUAAAGCGAGAUGGCCAGCUUUGUUUCAGCCCUCACAGAUUGAAGAAGAAUUCCAAAGGAUUACUACAAUCCGACUGCAAUCAACGUUCAUGCAGAAAUUAGACCUCUACACCCCAAAGCUGCUGAACAUGUUCCAAAAAAAGGGAGGUGCGGCAGGAGGGAAAAUCAGCAAGACCAUGGAUUUGCUCUAUAUGAGCAACACCAUUGAUAGAAGGCGGCACGUUGUUAUCAGUAGCCUCAUCACAUACCUUGGCGAGAAAGUGGAAAACCUGAUAAAGGAGUACAAGGAUCUGAAUGAUGAUGACCUCACUUCCCUGAUCUUCAAGAUUUUUGUCAACAGCAAAGUUGCUGAUGACAACAGUCCCACGGUGGGCAUAGUCGUUGAGGGAGCAGAGGUGCUUACUGGUGUUUCCGACAUACCCCAAGCAUGUUCCUUCCUUAUGGGACUCAUUUAUGCUUUAAACCUGAGCUACCCUAAAGAACUGAAGUAUACCUUUGAAGUUUUUCAGAAGGUCUUUUUAGAGCUGGAUGCAGGGAAUCUGUCUUCAAAGGUUCACACUUUAAAAUGCAAAUUACUUGCUUAAAAGGUUUAGGUUUUGUUGCAUAUGUGCCUCAAUUCUUUUUUUAGAAUUCAAAUUUGUUCUCAGACUUUAAGUGUGUUCUGGUUGAAGGUUGUGUUAAUUUCAGUGAGGCCUAAUUUAAUUUGUGUUAAGAUAAGAAAUUGUGAUGUAGCACACUCAGUAGUUGGAUUUGCUCCUGAUGUAAUACUGUAAUUUAAUUUGAUGUUGUUCUAACAUUUUACUAUACACACACACAAGUAUUGUAUUCAGUUUUAGGUUUAUUGUUUUAAAUAGAUCAAGACCAAUAUUCAUGUUGAAAUAUGUACUGUUGCUGCCCUCUUGUAUACCAAGUUUGAUAGCAGGCCUGAUUCUUUGUACCCCUGUUUGUUACAGGUAUGUGUUUGUUUAAUAGGUUUUAUUUUUCUUAAAAAUUACAGGCCUCUUCAUGGUACAUGUGGCUAAAUUUAUUUGACUUGAAAGCUGUUGUAAUGUUGCAAUUAAAUUUGUAACACUGUAAAAUAAAUGUUUUCAAUUUGA